AUGUCGGGGACCGUGGCUGACAUUGCGCUGGUGCACUGGAAGCAGCAGUGGCUGGAGAAUGGCACCUUGUACUUCCAUGUUUCCAUGAGCAGUGCUGAGCAGCUCUCCCGGGCCACCCCCCCGAGCCUCCAGGAGCCUUCGGAGAUCGUGGAGGAGCAGAUGCAUAUUCUUCAUAUCUCAGUCAUGGGUGGGCUGAUCGCGCUGCUGCUGCUCCUCCUGGUCUUCACGGUGGCUCUGUACGCCCAGCGGCGCUGGCACAAGCGGCGCCGCAUCCCGCAGAAAAGCGCCAGCACCGAGGCCACCCACGAGAUCCACUACAUCCCCUCGGUGCUGCUGGGCCCCCAGGCCCGCGAGAGCUUCCGCAACUCGCGCCUCCAGGCCCACAACUCGGUCAUCGGGGUCCCCAUCCGUGAGACCCCCAUCCUGGAUGACUACGAGGACGAGGAGGAGGAGGAGACGCCGCGGCGGGCAGAGCCCAGCACCAGGGAGGACGAGUUUGGCAGCCAAGUCACACGGACACUGGAGAGCCUGGGUCGGGGUGGGGAGGAGAAGCCUGACUACGAAAAGAAAGCAGCUCCCGAGGUGACGCAGGAGACAGUGGAGUCCCUGAUGCAGAAGUUCAAGGAGAGCUUCCGCACCAACACGCCCAUUGAGAUCGGGCAGCUCCAGCCCGCGCUGCGCAGCUCGGCCGUGGGGAGACGGAAACGCCGGAGCCGGCCCCGAGGUGGGAUUGGGUUUGGACGUGCCAAAGGAAAUUCUGGCUCGGAGGCAGAUGAUGAAACCCAGCUGACCUUCUACACGGAGCAGUAUCGGAGCCGGAGACGAAGCAAAGGUUCAAUGAAGAGCCCAGUCAACAAGACAGCGCUGACCCUGAUCGCAGUCAGCUCCUGUGUCCUGGCUGUGGUGUGUGGCUCCCAGCUCUCCUGCCCUCUGACUGUCAAGGUGACGCUCCAUGUGCCCGAGCACUUCAUCGCGGAUGGCAGCAGCUUUGUUGUGAGUGAGGGAAGCUACUUGGAUAUCUCUGACUGGCUUAAUCCAGCCAAGCUGUCCCUCUACUAUCAGAUCAAUGCCACAUCCCCCUGGGUGAGAGACCUCUGUGGACAGAGGACCACAGAUGCCUGUGAACAGCUGUGUGACCAAGAGACAGGAGAAUGCAGCUGCCACGAGGGCUACGCCCCAGACCCCGUCCAUCGCCACCUGUGUGUGCGCAGUGACUGGGGACACAGCGAGGGGCCGUCACUUGAGCGAGGAUACGACUUGGUCACAGGGGAGCAGGCACCAGAGAAGAUACUCAGGUCCACCUAUAGUUUGGGGCAAGGCCUGUGGCUUCCUGUCAGUAAGAGCUUCGUGGUUCCCCCCGUGGAGCUUUCUAUCAAUCCUCUUGCCAGCUGCAAGACAGAUGUUCUGGUGACGGAAGAUCCAGCAGAUGUCAGGGAAGAAGCAAUGCUGUCCACCUACUUUGAAACCAUCAAUGACUUGCUGUCCUCCUUUGGGCCAGUCCGAGACUGCUCCCGCAACAACGGUGGCUGCACCCGCAACUUCAAGUGCGUUUCUGACCGCCAGGUGGACUCAACAGGCUGUGUGUGCCCCGACGAGCUCCGACCCAUGAAGGAUGGCACCGGUUGCUACGACUACUCCAAAGGGAUUGACUGCUCAGAUGGCUUCAAUGGGGGCUGUGAGCAGCUCUGCCUGCAGCAGACCCUCCCUCUGCCCCACGACCCCUCCUCCAGCACCAUCUUCAUGUUCUGUGGGUGUGUGGAGGAAUACAAGCUGGCCCCAGAUGGGAAGUCCUGCCUGAUGCUGUCAGACAUCUGCGAGGGCCCCAAGUGCCUGAAGUCAGAUGCCAAGUUCAAUGACACUCUCUUUGGGGAGAUGCUUCAUGGCUAUAACAACAGGAGCCAGCAUGUCAACCAAGGGCAGGUCUUCCAGAUGACUUUCAGGGAGAAUAACUUCAUUAAGGACUUCCCCCAGCUGGCUGACGGCCUCCUGGUGAUCCCACUGCCUGUGGAGGAGCAGUGCCGUGGUGUCCUCUCAGAGCCCCUUCCUGACCUCCAGCUUCUCACAGGAGACAUCAAGUAUGACGAGGCCAUGGGUUACCCCAUGGUGCAGCACUGGCGGGUCAGGAGCAACCUGUACAGGGUGAAGCUCAGCUCCAUCACCCUUUCUGCAGGCUUUGCAAACAUCCUGAAGAUCCUGAACAAGGACAGCAGCAGGGAGGAGCUGCUCUCUUUCAUCCAGCAGUUUGGCUCCCACUACAUCGCAGAGGCACUGUAUGGCUCUGAGUUCAGCUGCACCAUCCACUUCCCCAGCAAGAAGGUCCAGCAGCAGCUCUGGCUCCAGUACCAAAAAGAAACAACCGAGCUUGGGAACAAGAAGGAGUUGAAAUCCAUGCCCUUCAUCACCUACCUCUCAGGCCUGCUGACAGCACAGAUGCUGUCGGAUGAUCACCUCAUCUCAGGUGUGGAGAUUCACUGCGAGGAGAAGGGACGCUGCCCAGCCACUUGUCACCUGUGCCGGCGCCCCGGCAAGGAGCAGCUCAGCCCCACACCAGUUCUGCUGGAGAUCAACAGAGUGGUGCCCCUGUAUGCUCUGAUCCAGGACAACGAUACCAGGGAGGCUUUCAGGGGAGCCCUGAUGAGCUCAUACUGGUGCUCGGGGAAAGGAGAUGUUAUCGAAGACUGGUGCAGGUGUGACCUCAACGCCUUCGAUGAGAACGGACUCCCAGACUGCAGCCCUCUUCCUCCUCCCAUCCUCAGGCUCUCCCCCAACGUGGAGCCCUCCAGCACUGUGGUGUCUCUGGAGUGGCUGGAUGUGCAACCUGCCAUUGGGACAAAGGUGUCUGACUACGUCCUGCAGCACAAGAAGGUGGAUGAGUACACAGACACAGACCUCUACACAG